GUGGAAGUAGGAGUAGUAGGAGUACUGACGACUAGUGUGCUACUACUAGCGACGGGUGAGACGAAGCAGCAGUCCGCGAAUUCAGUGAAGUGACUGGCGUUGAGUGAGUGAGUGAAUCAAUCGGGGUGCGAAAAUCCUAGCCAAUCCCUACCCAAUCCCGCCCAUCACCCCAUUGUUGUGCGCGAGACCCGCCCUAAUCCCGACGACCUGUGAUUGCCCGCCGACAUCAUGGCCACGAGAGACGACGAGUACGACUACUUGUUCAAAGUGGUGUUGAUUGGAGACUCGGGUGUGGGAAAGAGUAACCUUUUGUCGCGAUUCACACGCAAUGAGUUCAAUCUGGAGUCCAAGUCCACCAUUGGGGUCGAAUUCGCUACCAGAAGUAUCCAGGUGGAUGGCAAAACGAUAAAGGCUCAGAUAUGGGAUACGGCCGGCCAAGAACGCUAUCGAGCCAUCACUUCAGCAUAUUAUCGAGGUGCUGUGGGAGCUCUCCUGGUGUACGACAUUGCCAAACAUCUGACCUACGAGAAUGUGGAGCGAUGGUUGCGAGAGCUCCGAGAUCAUGCUGACGCCAAUAUUGUGAUCAUGUUGGUGGGGAACAAGUCGGAUUUGCGUCAUUUGCGAGCUGUGCCCACGGACGAGGCCAAGGCUUUCGCAGAACAGAACAACCUGUCCUUCAUCGAGACCUCAGCCCUCGACUCCACCAAUGUUGAGACUGCCUUCCAUAACAUUCUCACAGAAAUUUAUCGAAUCGUUUCCCAAAAAGUGUUGCCCGAAGGAGGAAGUGGUGGUGAUAAGCCUGGUCCCAAUGGCCAACCCAUUGAUCUUAAGAGCACUGUGCCAGAUCAUCCGGGAGGUAAACAAUGUUGCAAAUGAAACUGGAAUCAGCACAUCUUUUCACCUACUCCCAACACACAUGAUUAAUAUACUCCCUUGAGGAUAAAUUGAAAACGUUUGGCUCGCUUUCGUAUUUGCUAUUGUGUGAAUGAAAACUCCCAACACAACCAGAAGCUUUCCAGGUUUGAAAGCCAAACUGAUUCUGUAAGCCCAUGUUCAUCUCGUCUUCGGAGCCAUCAUAAUUCAUGCCAGUUACUUUUAACUUUCUUAUUUGACGCCGUCUUUCUCCGUGCGUUGUAUCUAACUUCUAUCUACCAUGUAGCUCUGAACUCAUGAUUGACCUUCGCCUCCCCCAAACCAUCAUCCGUUGACCGCUAAUUCAAAAGCCCACUUUUCAAUUUGGUUCUGUAUUUUACCUUUCGGUCAUGUUUGUGCAUCCAUCUUUGAUUUUUUUUUUCCUAUCACGCCCGAGCUCCUUUGGCAAGCCUUUUGGCAAGAGCACAGCUGAUUGUUCUGUUGUUGAUGAGUCGUCAGAUUUUACAUGCAAAUAAAUAGAAUAUUUUCAUAAAUGA